GAUUCAACAUUUAAAAGUAUAAAAAGCACAAUAAUAUUAUAACCAACACCUAUAUCCAGUACUUAUCAUUCACUCAUUGUUCUUGAGAGAUCAAGAUGAACCCAAGUUGCCCAUAUUUUAAUAACUUAUUGGCAUUACCAUAUAUAAUAUAUCCAAUAUGCCAACUUUUUUUUGUUUGAUUCCCUACGUGAAACAAGCCAUGUUUUCGAACCAAAUACCUUUGAAUUGUGAAGCCAUUUGCAUGCAAACUAACACGUUGCCCAUGAGGUGUCUAACAAAAGCCUCACCCCAUCGCCGCGUCGUCUUCCCUCAUCAGUCCGCCAUUUCUGGUUGUUUUUCCACAUCCUCAACUGCACUCCAUUUUUACAAAAGAGAAAGCAACCAUUAUUUGCAGCUGUUCUUCUUAUGCUACUCACUACUGGUGUCUUUUCACCACAUCUAAUCCACCAUGCAUAAAUGCCACGUCCAUCUCUGCCAAAUUGGACACUCGGCGAUCAGCAUGUUACCUUAAUUUUCACUCUCAGCUAGAGUUCUAGCUACUAUAAGUAGGGAUUGAGGAAGUGGCAUUGAAGGGCAUCUCGGGUCUUAAAACAUGGCGUUGUCUACUGUUAAGUUUCGAUUGUGUCUCGUGGCGUUUACUCUUUUUCUUGCUUGUGUGUCUGUUGGUUUGGGUGCUGAGGGUGAGAGCCUUGGCAGCGGGGUUGGGGCUGACAAUGGAUGUGUGAACGGGUGUGAGGAGUUGAAGGGAAAGAAUGUGGAUGAGUUUGCUGCUUGCGCCAAGAAAUGUGGAGUGAACCAGAAGGUGACUGAGAUUUGUCGACAAUGGUGUCAAGUGGCGGAGAAGCAUGGGGCGGAGCAGCAACGUAGGUGUCGACAAGCCUGUGAGGAGCGGCUGAGGGAGCAAGAAAGGGGGGAGGAUGUUGAGGAAUAUAAAAGGAGAGAUCCUGAGAGGGAGAGAGAGGAGCAACGUCGUAGGGAACAUGAACGGGAAGAACGACGUCGUCGUGAACGUGAGAGAGAGCACGAGAGGGGUAGAGGCCAUCGUGAUGAGAAUGAAAGAGAUCCUGAGCACGAACGAGAAGAGAGACGUAGAGAGGAGCAACGAAGAGAGCAAGAACAACAUCGGAGAGAGCAAGAACGUAGAGGCAAGAGGGAAGACGAAGAUGAUGAAAACCAAAGAGACCCAGAUUGGCGCAGGGAGCAGGAGCGCAGAGAGCAAGAGCGAGAACGUCGAGAACGCCAACGAAGAGAAGAGAGGGACGAUGAAGAUGAUGAAAACCAAAGAGACCCAGAUCGGCGCAGGGAGCAGGAGCGCAGAGAGCAAGAGCGACGACGUAGAGAGCAAGAGCGAGAACGCCGAGAACGCCAACAAAAAGGCGAGAGGGAGGUGGAAGAUGAUGAAAACCAAAGAGACCCAGAUUGGCGCAGGGAGCAGGAGCGCAGAGAGCAAGAGCGAGAACGUCGAGAACGCCAACGAAGAGAAGAGAGGGACGAUGAAGAUGAUGAAAACCAAAGAGACCCAGAUUGGCGCAGGGAGCAGGAGCGCAGAGAGCAAGAGCGACGUCGUAGAGAGCAAGAGCGAGAAGGUCGAGAACGUCAACGAAGAGGCGAGAGGGAGGACGAAGAUGGAAACCAAAGAGACCCAGAUUGGCGUAGGGAGCAGGAGCGCAGAGAGCAAGAGAGACGUCGCAGAGAGCAAGAGCAAAGAGAACGUGAAUGGGAACGAGAGCAUGGGAGAAGGGGAUCUCGUGAUGAGAACCAAAGGGGACAAGGAGGACGAGAAGAGCAGAGAAGCAGGGAAGAAGAACGGAAACGUGAAGAACGACAGAGAGAACGACAACAUGGUGGAAGAAGCCGUGUAAAUCAAGUGGAGACCCGAUGGACAGAGCAAGAACAGAGAAACAAUCCCUACUACUUUCAGGAGCGACAAUUUCAAUCGAGGUUCAGAUCUGAUGAGGGCCAUUGGAGGGUGCUCGAGAGGUUUUCAGAGAGGUCGGAGCUUUUGAAAGGAAUUAAGAACCAGCGAUUCGCAAUUCUUGAGGCCCGCCCUCAGUCCUUCAUCAUCCCCCACCACUUGGAUGCAGAAUCUGUUCUCAUUGUUGUAAGAGGAAGAGCAACAAUCACUACGGUUGUCCAGCAGAAGAGGGAAACAAGAAAAGAGUCUUACAAAGUUGAACGUGGAGACGUUAUGACGAUUCCGGCGGGGACAACUGUUUACUUGGCAAACCAAGAAAAUGAAGAUCUCCAAAUCGCGAAAUUGAUUCAGCCCGUCAACAAGCCUGGGGAAUUCAAGGAUUAUCUAUCUGGCGGAGGUGAAGCUCAAGCAUAUUACAGCGUGUUUAGCAAUGACGUUCUCGAAGCUGCUCUAAACAUUCCACGUGAUAGACUAGAGAGGAUAUUCAAGCAGAAAAGCGAGAUGAGAGGAAAAAUCGUAAGGGCUUCACAAGAGCAACUAAGAGGGUUGAGCCAACGUGCCACUUCCGUAAGAAGAGGUGGUCAAGGGGCUAGAGCUGUAAUCAAGCUCGAAAGCCAGACCCCUGUUUACAGCAAUCAAUAUGGCCAAAUGUUUGAAGCUUGCCCUGAUGAGUUCACCCAACUUCGGAGAACCGAUGUUGCCACUGCUGUUCUUGAUAUCAAACAAGGUGGAAUGAUGGUGCCCCACUUCAACUCGAGAGCCACAUGGGUGGUCUUCAUUUCAGAAGGAACUGGAUCUUUCGAGAUGGGCUGCCCUCACAUACAAGGUGGGCAGUGGCAACGAGAAAGAAGAGAAGAAGAACGACAUGGGAGAAGGGAAGAAGAGAGAAGCGGUCGAAUCGAAAGAGUUGCCGGCCGUCUAUCACAGGGCGGAGUACUCGUAAUUCCGGCAGGUCAUCCAAUCGCCAUCAUGGCUUCCCCUAAUGAGAAUCUCCGCUUGGUUGGGUUUGGAAUCAAUGCCGAAAACAAUCAAAGAAACUUCCUCGCUGGGAGAGAGAACAUAAUGAACGAAGUAGAUAGAGAAGCAAAGGAACUUGCAUUCAACGUAGAAGGCAAGCAGGCAGAAGAGAUUUUCAAAAGCCAGAAAGAAUCUUUCUUCACAGAAGGGCCGGAAGGAGGUCGCCGGAGGUCGAUGGAGAGAAGCCCGUUGAUGUCGAUUCUGAAACUAGCAGGUUACUUCUGAAAAGGGAGAACGAAGGAUGAAGAAGAAAAAAGAGGAGUUAUGAAUAUAAAUAAGAGACGGUGCCCAUGAAUGAAAAUAAAUAACGAAAAUUGUAGGGAAAAGAGAAGCGCUUCGGACUUUUUAUAAUACUUUUUUUGGGGGCGGGGAGUUUUAGCUCUUAAGAAAGGGAGCUUUUUGUACCAAUCAGAGGGCGUCUACUUUCUUACGGUGUAAAAAUUAUCUACAAGAUAAUAUAAUAAAUAAU